CUUGUGGCAUCUAGCAGCGAGCAGUUCGCUUAAGCCCCGUAGAAUCGGAGGAGAAUCCUGCUGAAAGGGCACCAUCAUGCCCGGACAAAUGCAAGAAGGUUACGGCUGCGUCGUAACCAAUCGGUUCGACCAGCUAUUUGAUGACGAAGAGGAUCCGUUUGAGGUGUUAAAGCAGGCAGAAACCAAAAAGAAGGACGCGCCCGCUCCUGGUGCCGCACAGGCUACAAAGCAGGCCAAAAAGGAGUCACAGAAAGAAAGGAAAAUCUCUCCUCCCGAGAAGAAGGAAGAGACACAAGCUCCUGUGCAUAUCAAGAAAGAUGGCGUGAGGAAAAUGGGCCGCCGGCCGGAGCAGGAGGGUCAACCAGGGUCCCAGCAGCAGGGGGGUCAGGGGGAGGUUCGUCCCCCAGCAGACAGACGGCCUGACAGGAGGCCACCACGUGAACGGCGCUUUGACAAACCCACUGACAAUAAACCUGCUGAGGGUGGAGAGUUCUCUGUGGAGAAGUCUGCUACCGACAGGCCGUUCCGGGGUCGUGGAGGUCCCAGAGGAGGACGCGGAGGCCGGGGCAGAGGUGUCGGCAGGAAUGACGGCUUUGACUCGCGUGGUAAACGCGAAUUUGACAGACACAGUGGCAGCGACCGAUCCAGCCUGAAAGCAGAAGAAAAACGUGGAGGGAGUGGAUCUCAUAAUUGGGGCACUGUUAAGGAUGACUUGAGUGAGCUUGACCAAUCAAAUGUCACUGAGGACACCCCUGAGGGAGAGGAGCACCCACCUGCUGACUCAGAGAACAAGGAGAAUGAGGUUGAGGUUAAAGAAGAAGGCCCUAAGGAGAUGACUCUAGAUGAAUGGAAAGCCCAGCAGGACAAAGAGAGAGCCAAGGUGGAAUUCAAUAUUCGCAAGGCCAAUGAGGGAGCUGACUGGAAUAAAGGAUAUGUUCUGCACAAAUCUAAGGCUGGGGAUGCCUCUGCUGAAGAUGAUGAUGAUGAAGAUGCUGCUGGGGAUCACCACUUCCGUAGGCCAGCUAAUGACAUUACUUCCCAGCUGGAGAUUAACUUUGGAGACUUGGGUCGCCCAGGACGUGGCCGUGGCGGUCCACGAGGUGGCAGAGGAGGUCGUGGGGCACCUGCUUCCAGACCACCCCGUGAACGCAGGCCAGACAAGGCAAGUGGAGUAUCUGUCCCUAAUGUGGAUGACCCAGAGGCUUUCCCAGCCCUGGCUUAAAGCUCCCCAGACAGAGCUCAGCUCACCCAGGAGGGUCACUCCUCCAUGGGUCCUUGUCGACAAGGCUUGCAUGCUAAUGGAUCCUUCAGCAGAUGAAAUGAUGGAAAACUGUCAUCCAUACCAUUCACCCCUGAGGACUGAAUUUUACCUGUUUUAGAAAAAAAGAUGGGAAAAAAAUUACAAAAAAAAAACAAAGAAAGGACUUCUUGCUAUUCUGAAGCAAAUUAUUGGUUUGAGGUUUUGUAUUUAGAAAUAAGGUAGCAGGGAUGUUUUCAUACAGUGUUUCUUUUAUUAUUUUCCCCCCUCAGAAAUUAUGUAUUGUUCAUGGAUUCCUUUGUACUGCUGCUUGAAAA